AUGGGGAGAGAAUUGGACAGAGAGCUCAGAGGUCUCUGGGUUGGGCCAAUGCCUGUCCAAGAUUUUGUGGAUGAAUUUCUACCCCUCAGUGACUGCUGCCCUAUGCCUCAGGUGCCAACGGACCUCAUUCGGAACCUGCCAUCAACAGGAGACAAGACGAUGCCGACCCAACUGGCGGCGGUGGUCAAAAUCGCGGGACUGUUUCCCGGACUGCAGAUGGUUGACACAUCGGAUCACCACGACAGCAACGCAGACGAGCACAAGAAGUUUAGGCCUGAUAUAUCCACAUAUCUCGACGAGAUAACCACCUCCAAGCACAGCGCGCAUUUUGAGGCCGAAGAGUUGAUAUUCGACCUCAAGCCUCGAUCGGCGCCGGCGCACCCAUUCAACGAUCCUGAACCCAAUGCGACAGCAGAAGAAUUGCUCAAACACACUUUCGAGACAGAUACAGACGCCGGAAUAUUAUAUAGUGGACAGAUCGCGGCUUAUCUUACAGAGUGGUUCAGUCGUCAACAUCGCAAGCAUGGGUUUUUGGUCUACCUCGCGAACGGCGGGAUGCGUUUCAUCAGAGCUGACCGCUCCGGAAUAAUCGUUUCGCGGUUAUUUGAUUGGAGGCAGGAACCUCGAAUUUUCUCUGAGUUUCUUUGGCGAUUCGCUCACCUCACACCUGGGCAACGCGGACGCGACACAACCCUGCGCCCUGCCACAGUAGUCGAGAAAAGUCUCGCCCUUCUCAACCUAUGGCCCUGGGAGCCCAAGACGGAACGGCCCAUUGUUGUCCUCCGAGUACCAGAAGCCGACCAAGAUGGAUUCCGUGAGGUCAUUGCUUGGGGAGCGAUGGCUGACGUGGAUUCGCUGGCCGGUAGAGCCACACGCGCUUGGCCAGUGUAUGAUAUUAAACUCAAGAAGGUCAUUUUCCUCAAGGAUUCUUGGCGCUCCCUUGUGCCAGGAAUGGAGAAGGAAUCAGAGAUUUUGUCAGAACUCGAUAAGGCGGGUGUGCGGAACGUUCCGAAGCUCGUCUGUGGGGACGAUAUCGACGGUCACCUCACACGCACUCAUGAAUUUUCAUCCAAUCCUUGGAAUGCUGGAGGGACGGAGAUUACCCCUCGGGCUCAACAUCGGUUUCUCGAGGAUUUUAUUGGCAAGCAUUUAUGUCACUUUACUUCAUCGAAGCAAUUCAUGCAAGCUGUUUACGACGCAUUUGUUGCUCACCAGGAUGCAUACGAGAAGUGUGGAAUACUUCAUCGCGACGUUAGCGGGAAUAAUGUCAUGAUGAAGCAUGAUGGCGGUGGGAUCCUCAACGACUGGGAUCAAGCCGGGAGAAUUGCUGAUAUGGCCAACGGUUCUCGGCCUCUCUUUCGUUCGGGCACCUGGUACUUCAUGUCAAUUCUGCUCCUCGAAAGACCGGGUAAACUUCAAGAUCUACAGGACGAUAUUGAGUCCUUCGUCUACGUUGUUCUUUACCACGUCAUCCGAUAUAUGGGUCAUACUGGGGCUGAUAAAGUUCCUAUCAUCAUGGAGGGGAUAUUUGACGACUACAAAAUAGAUCUUGACGGCAAUUGUAUAGGAGGGGCUGGAAAGAGAUGUCUCCUAAACAAUUGGGCAUACCUUGGGCGUGUUUUUGCUUCCCGGGGUAACUCGCCCAUGCGUCAUUGGCUUAGAUAUACACUCGAGUCUACGGACGAGUGGCUUUCCUAUGCGACGAGGUGCCACAUCCUCUACGACAAAGAGUCAGACCUACUGCAAAGCAUGUUCGAAGACGAGGAGGAGGAAGUGGAAUCAUGUCAGCCUGAUGUUACGGAUCCAGCUUCCUCGACCCAGCAUCUUCGUUUCCAUAAUCACCAUUCUCUAGCGGCGAAGUGGCUUGCUGUGCUUAACAAGAACUGGCCUCAGGAUGACAAAGCUCUUGAUCACAUGAAAAAUUCAUCCUUUCAGAAACGUGAACACGACGAUGAUCCCUUCGAAGCCCGUCCUCCUUCCAAGAAAUGUCGAACAAUAGCUACGCCUUAUGUGACUUCGGCACCGACCUGA